GUUUGCAGCGCCUAGGGUUUGAUCAAGCGCCUAGCGCCCAGCGCCAUCGUCAUGGAUCUCCGGUUCCCUUACUCUCCGGCGGAGCUGGCGCGGGUCAAGCGCGUCCAGUUUGGGCUGAUGAGCCCUGACGAAAUUCGGCAAAUGUCCGUCUGUAAGAUCGAGUCGAGCGAGACUUACGACAGGGGUAAGCCAAAAUCUGGCGGCCUCAGCGACCCGAGACUGGGAACGAUUGACCGACAAACCAAGUGUGAGACUUGUGGCGGGAGUAUGGCUGAGUGUCCUGGGCAUUUUGGGCAUUUAGAGCUUGCCAAGCCCAUGUUUCACAUCGGAUUCCUCAAGACAGUACUGGCCCUCCUCCGCUGUGUGUGCUACAACUGCUCGCAUAUCCUAGCACUCGAGAACGAUCACAAGUUCAAGCUCGCGAAAAAGGCGAAGAAUCCCAAGCAGAGGCUCAAAAAGGUCUUAGAGUGCUGUAAGAACAAGCAGAAAUGCGAGGGAAACAACAACGAUAUGGAUGGCGAACAAGAUGAUCAAGAGGGCGAGCAGAAAGGCCACGGAGGUUGUGGAGCUCAGCAGCCGAAAAUCACCAUUGACGGGAUGAAGAUUAUUGCCGAGUUCAAGGUUCCAAAAAAGAAAGGCGACGACCAGGAUCAGUAUUUGCCAGAGCCUGUCGAAAGAAAACAGCAACUUACUGCUGAAAGGGUUCUGGGUAUACUAAAGAGGAUAAGUGACGAGGAAUGCCGCAUACUCGGUCUUGAUCCUCAGUUUGCUCGUCCAGACUGGAUGAUUUUACAAGUUUUGCCCAUUCCACCUCCACCCGUGAGGCCUUCUGUGAUGAUGGACAGCUCGGCCCGCAGUGAAGACGACUUAACUCACCAACUUGCCAUGAUAAUUCGGCACAAUAACAACCUGAAGCGGCAGGAGCAGAAUGGUGCGCCGACACAUAUUAUCAAUGAGUUCACCCAGCUCUUGCAAUUUCAUAUUGCGACAUAUUUCGAUAAUGAUCUUCCUGGCCAGCCAAGGGCAACACAACGCUCUGGUAGACCCAUCAAAUCCAUCUGCCAACGCCUAAAGGCUAAAGAGGGACGGAUUCGUGGGAACCUGAUGGGCAAGCGUGUUGAUUUUUCUGCUCGAACAGUUAUCACCCCGGAUCCGAAUAUCAAUAUUGACGAGCUAGGAGUGCCAUGGAGUAUUGCGUUGAACUUGACUUAUCCAGAAACUGUGACUCCAUAUAACCUCGAACGAUUGAAAGAGCUGGUGGAAUAUGGGCCGCAUCCACCCCCUGGUAAAACAGGUGCAAAGUAUAUCAUUAGAGAAGAUGGUCAGCGUCUGGAUCUAAGGUAUCUCAAAAAGAGCAGUGAUCGGCACUUGGAACUUGGCUACAAGGUUGAGAGACACUUAUGCGACGGCGAUUUUGUGCUCUUUAACCGGCAGCCAAGUCUGCAUAAAAUGUCAAUCAUGGGACACCGAAUACGGAUAAUGCCUUACUCGACGUUUCGGCUUAAUCUCUCCGUGACGAGUCCAUACAAUGCUGAUUUUGAUGGGGACGAGAUGAACAUGCAUGUGCCUCAGUCUUUCGAAACCAGGGCUGAGGUCUCAGAGCUCAUGAUCGUUCCCAAGUGUAUAGUGUCUCCGCAGUCGAACAGACCCGUUAUUGGAAUCGUCCAGGACACACUUCUUGGGUGUCGAAAAGUAACCAAGAGGGAUACUUUUAUUGAAAAGGACGUUUUCAUGAACAUCCUGAUGUGGUGGGAAGAUUUUGAUGGGAAAGUGCCGACUCCAGCAAUUGUCAAACCAAGGCCAAUAUGGACUGGAAAGCAGAUUUUUAGUCUGAUUAUUCCCAAGCAAAUCAAUAUGGUGCGAACUGCUGCCUGGCAUAAUGACAGUGAAACGGGCGAUAAUUCUCCUGGUGACACGAUGGUGCGCAUCGAGAAGGGCGAACUCCUGACUGGCACACUCUGUAAAAAGACAUUAGGAACAUCGUCUGGGAGUUUGAUUCACGUCAUAUGGGAGGAAGUCGGGCCUGAUGCUGCUCGCAAAUUUUUGGGUCAUACACAGUGGCUUGUCAAUUAUUGGUUGCUGCAACACGGUUUCAGCAUUGGUAUUGGAGACACAAUUGCUGACUCUGCAACCAUGGAGAAGAUUAAUGACACUAUCUUUAAGGCCAAGAACGAAGUGAAAGACCUGAUUAAAAUCGCGCAAGAGAAGCAGCUAGAGUCUCAGCCCGGUCGAACAAUGAUGGAGUCUUUUGAAAACAGAGUCAAUCAGGUCCUUAACAGAGCUCGUGAUGAAGCCGGAAGCAGUGCUCAGAAAAGCUUGUCUGAGAGCAACAACGUAAAAGCUAUGGUGACCGCUGGAUCGAAGGGCUCGUUCAUCAACAUAUCCCAGAUGAUUGCUUGUGUGGGACAGCAGAACGUUGAAGGGAAACGAAUUCCGUUCGGUUUCAUCGACAGAACGCUCCCGCACUUUACAAAGGAUGACUACGGCCCCGAGAGUAGGGGGUUCGUCGAAAAUUCUUAUCUACGGGGUCUCACACCGCAGGAGUUCUACUUUCACGCCAUGGGAGGUCGAGAGGGUCUUAUCGAUACAGCAGUGAAGACUUCGGAGACAGGUUACAUCCAAAGACGUCUAGUGAAGGCAAUGGAAGACGUGAUGGUGAAAUACGAUGGCACAGUUCGGAAUUCGCUGGGGGACGUUAUACAGUUCUUAUACGGAGAAGAUGGCAUGGACGCGGUUUGGAUUGAAUCACAGCAUCUCGACUCCAUCAAAAUGAAGAAGAAGAAUUUUGAUAUGACUUAUAAGUUCGAGGUGGAUAACGAGAACUGGAAUCCGGACUACAUGGCCAGCGACUGUGCAGAAGAUAUUAAGACCAUCCAGGAGAUUCGCAACGUGUUUGAUGCCGAGGUCCAGAAGCUUGAAGCCGAUCGCAAGCAACUCGGUCUGGAGAUUGCGACUUCUGGGGAGCCGCACUGGCCCUUGCCGGUCAAUCUGAAGCGUCUCAUUUGGAACGCGCAGAAGAUUUUCAAGAUUGAAAUGAAGAAGCCAUCGGACAUGCAUCCUAUGGAGAUUGUGGAGGCAGUGGACAAGCUGCAGGAGAAGCUACUGGUGGUGCCUGGUGACGACCCGAUCAGUAUCGAAGCUCAGAAGAAUGCCACCUUGUUCUUCAACUGUCUACUUCGUAGCACGUUCGCCAGCAAGCGUGUUCUCAAGGAGUACAGGUUGACGAAGGAGGCCUUUGAGUGGGUCAUUGGAGAGAUCGAGACGCGGUUCUUGCAGUCACUGGUGGCACCCGGGGAGAUGAUCGGGUGCGUGGCUGCUCAAUCCAUCGGCGAGCCGGCUACACAGAUGACGCUGAAUACUUUCCACUAUGCUGGUGUCAGUGCGAAGAACGUCACUCUCGGUGUUCCCCGGCUGAGGGAGAUUAUUAACGUGGCCAAGAAGAUCAAGACGCCGUCGCUGUAUGUUCACUUGAAGCCUGAAGUAAGCAAGGAGAAGGAGAGGGCCAAGAAUGUGCAGUGCGCGCUCGAGUACACGACGCUGAGAAGUGUCACGCAGGCGACGGAGAUUUGGUAUGAUCCAGAUCCGAUGAGCACCAUCAUUGAGGAGGACGUGGAGUUUGUCAAGUCUUACUACGAGAUGCCAGACGAAGAUGUCACUCCGGACAAGAUCUCUCCCUGGCUACUGCGUAUCGAGCUCAAUCGCGAGAUGAUGGUUGACAAGAAACUCAGCAUGGCAGACAUCGCCGAGAAGAUCAACCUCGAGUUUGUGGACGACUUGACGUGCAUCUUCAACGACGACAACGCAGAGAAGCUGAUCCUGCGGGUCCGGAUCAUGAAUGACGACGUCAGCAAGGGUGGCGAAGUAGACCAGUCGGACGACGACGUCUUCCUGAAGAAGAUCGAGAGCAACAUGCUCACGGAGAUGGCGUUGCGAGGGAUCCCUGACAUCCACAAGGUGUUUAUCAGGGAGCACAAAAGGCAGAGGUUUGACGAGCAUGAGGGCUUCAAGACCGAGACCGAGUGGAUGCUCGACACCGAGGGCGUCAACAUGCUGGCUGUUAUGUGCAACGAAGACGUGGACGCGACGAGGACGGUCAGCAACCAUCUGAUCGAAGUCAUUGAGGUGCUGGGCAUCGAGGCCGUCAGGCAAGCUCUCCUCAAGGAGCUCAGGGAAGUCAUAUCCUUCGACGGCUCCUACGUCAACUACAGGCACCUGGCCAUCCUGUGCGACGUCAUGACUUACCGGGGCCACCUCAUGGCGAUCACUCGCCACGGUAUCAACCGCAACGACACGGGCCCGAUGAUGCGCUGCUCGUUCGAAGAGACGGUGGACAUCCUCCUAGAUGCGGCGGUGUUUGCCGAGGCGGACCAUCUCAGGGGCGUCACCGAAAACAUCAUGCUCGGGCAGCUAGCUCCCAUCGGGACGGGCGACUUCGGGCUGCUGCUCAACGACAAGAUGCUGGAGCACGCGAUCGAGCUGCAGCUCCCGAGCUACAUGGAGACGGCCGACUUUGGCCUGGGGGGCGUGACUGGAACUCCGCACCACGAAGGGAUGAUGUCCCCGAGCUAUCUGCUGAGUCCCAACUUGCGAGCCUCGCCGAUCACGGACGCACAGUUUUCGCCGUAUGUUGGUGGCAUCACAUUCUCUCCGGGAGCUUACAGCCCGCUUUCGCCAGCGUACAGCCCUGCGGGGUACAGCCCGGCUUCUCCAAACUACAGCCCCUCGUCGCCGACUUACAGUCCAUCAUCGCCAGCUUACAGUCCGGCCUCUCCGGCGUACAGCCCGAGCUCUCCAGGCUACAGCCCGGCAUCGCCCGCGUACUCUCCAACGAGUCCAUCUUACAGUCCGACGUCGCCGAGCUACAGUCCCACUUCACCGUCCUACUCUCCAACCUCUCCAUCGUACUCUCCAACUUCGCCGUCUUACUCCCCGACCUCUCCAUCGUACUCUCCAACCUCGCCAUCUUACUCUCCGACGUCUCCUUCCUAUUCUCCCACUUCGCCAUCUUAUUCUCCCACUUCUCCGUCCUACAGUCCCACUUCUCCCUCGUACUCUCCCACCUCGCCGUCCUACAGCCCGACGUCUCCCUCGUACUCCCCAACCUCGCCAUCCUACUCUCCCACUUCGCCUUCUUACAGUCCGACGUCUCCGAGCUAUAGCCCGACGUCCCCGAGCUACAGCCCGACCUCUCCGAGCUACAGCCCGACGUCUCCGUCUUACAGCCCGACGUCACCGGCUUACAGCCCGACUUCUCCGUCUUACAGCCCGACGUCGCCUUCUUACAGCCCGACUUCUCCUUCCUACAGCCCGACUUCGCCUGCUUAUAGUCCGACGUCGCCGGCAUACAGUCCCUCGUCUCACACUUACAGUCCCAGCAGUCUCAAGUAUAGCUCCGCGAGCCCAAGCUACAGCCCGACCUCGCCCUCCUCGACGUACUCGCCUACGAGAUGAGACGAAGGAAUGUAAGAGUUUUUUUAUAUGAGAGAGGCGAUGGAUGAUUAACACACAAGUUUACUGAAGCUGUCCACAACCUGUAGAGCAGCCAGAAAAUAAGAAGUUGGAAGAGAAUGUAACUAUUGUAGCUUAUGACAGUUUUAUUUAUGAUACGCAUUGGAGGUCGUCCUUGGUGCUGCUAGGGAGCAUGCGCGAUUUAGAGAGAGAAUGCAUGACUCUAAGUAAGAUGGAAUUUUUCUCUCUUGAGUGAAAUGCUUUUAAAUCCA